ACUGUUCCCAAGAUGUCCCUCUGGAACAUCGUGUCCCACAUGCCGCAGGAGGAGCUCAGCAGCCUCUCCCCAGAGUUCCCCCGGAGCCUGCGCUGCCUCCUGGCCGACUGGCUGGAGAACCAGCCCUGGGAGUUCAUCAGUGGCUCGGACGCCUUCUGCACCAGCGUGGCCAGCCGGUUGUUCUCGGCCAUGCUGGAGAAGCUCCGCGGCGCUGCCGGGGCUGAGGGGCAGCAGUGCCAGGUCCUCCAGCAAGUCAACGGCCUCGAGGUGUGUGGGGACCCUCGGGAUGGUCCCCCUGUGACACCCAUUUCCAGGCUCGUGGGCAACGAGCUCGUGUGGACUCAGCGAGUGGCUUUUUGGGGUGUUCCAGAUGACAGAGGGGGGGUUUUGUGUCCCAGGGCUGACCUCAGCUCUGCAGACCGGUGACCCCCGGGGAGCUGCCACAUCCCCCCCAAAACAGACCCUGACCCUGUGGGGAACCUCCUGAGCCCCUCAGCCCCCCAUGGCCCCAACUGUCAACACCGGGGGCCACCUCACCAGAUUCUUCCCCAUUUUCUGCUCAAGCAUCCGAUUUCUCCUUCCUCUGUGCCGUGUGGGGCUGCAUUUCCUCCCGUCAUGGGCACUGGGUUUCACUUUUGGGGCUGUUUCUCUUAUUGGGGCUGUUUCUCUUGUUGAGGCUGUUGAAAUCGCUCUGUUCCUCUCCCACCCUCUGAUUUAUCCCCCCUCUCUGGCCAGCGGAGCUUGGAACGCCAGGGCUGAGCAGGACUCACUCCCAGAGCCCUGUUCAGGUUGAAAACUCCGCUCUUUGGGUAACAGACAUUUUUAAUAUCCAACAUUUGGGAAGGGAUCAGCUUCAGUCACAACCUCUGGGGAAGAGGGUGACUUUCCAAAACAAGGCUCUUGCUUUUUGCGAUGGUUGCAGCAAACAAGCAGAUGUUUCAGCUCCUGCUGAAGCAGAGCUGCCCUCCCACGUUCGUGUUCCCUCCUCGGGCCAUCCCUCAGCCCAGAACACCAAACCCUGGUUUCUCUGUGCCCGGGCGGGCUCUUCCCUUCUGUUGGUGCUGCCGUGGGCGGUGGGAGCCGGGUGCUCCCCAGGAUGGGUAACCACAGGGCCAGGGGUGCAGGCAGGAGCCAAACCUGGGCCUUUUGCACCUUGAAUCCCACGUUUUGCCUGGAAGAGCCCUGGGGGCUGCCGGUGCUGCACUCAGACCCCCGUGGAUCUGCAGCAGAGCUGCCUCCCACCAGGACAGGAACGCGCCGAGCGCACCACGGCUGCUCCCCGCUGGGUUCUGCCGCUGUUUUGGGAAGUAGCUAAUUUGGGAAAUGCGUGAAGGCCGGAGGAGCUGGCACAGGAGGGCACAGGAGCUGGAGCCAGCGGGGGAAUUCCUCCCUUUCCGCUGUUUUCAGUGGAAAGCAUCGA